AUUUCGCAGGGAAAGCCCAGCGGUUGCAGCUGCGGCGGAUCCCUAGGCUCUGCGCGUCGUGCGCCCUGGGCAGCCCAGGGCCGGCAGCAGCUCCACAAAGUCACGGAGCAAGGGGAAGCCGAGCGCCCGCAAAGUGGGGCUGGGCUGGGAGAGGCGUGCCUGCGGAGCCUGGAUCCCCGCGCCCUUCAGCCUCGUGUGUGGGGAAGCCGGUGCAGCCCUUGCAGCCGGGAGGCGAACUGCCGCCCGGAAAGAGCAGUCAAACUGCAGCCUCUCCAAAGAAGCCAAGUUAACGCAGACGAACGGGCUCCCAGAGAGCGACCGCGAGCCUGCUUAGUUAGAGCCUCGCGGUACCGCAGAGCUCUCCGGGACCAGCCGGCUAGAAGCAGGGCGCCGUCCCAUAGGCAGUGACCCCCAGUUCUGGGUUCGUCCGUGAGUGCACCCCGGUGCAGAGAGAGGGUGUGCAAGGCUGCACCCGUCCGCCUGCAGCCCGACUGGGGUGCCCCCUCCGUCCCGCUGUGGGAGCGAUGCCCCCCGCCCUUCGCGCCCCCCGGGAACGACGCGAGCAUGGAGAAGUCGAGUAGCGAGGAUUCUUCGAUCCACCGGAGUCCAUCUUUGGACAGCAAGGACUCGGACUUUGUCAAGCCGUCCACCUCGGGCCGCCCGUUCGGCCGUGGCUUCACGGCUGGAGCCUUCUAUGGCACCGCGGGCUCCCGGGGACAGAGCCGAGCAGAGGCUGGCGUUAAGACCGACAAGUACAAUGCACCUAAAGGCAGCAAGUACGUGGUGUUUUACCUGGACCUGUCCUUUGUGUUCCUCCUAGAAUUUAAGAAGUGCAACAUGGCCAGGGGCUGCCUCUGCUGCUUGAAGUACAUGAUGUUCCUCUUCAAUUUGAUAUUCUGGCUCUGUGGCUGCGGGCUGCUUGGAGUAGGCAUCUGGCUCUCCGUGUCCCAAGGCAACUUUGCCACCUUCUCCCCCAGCUUUCCCUCGCUGUCUGCAGCCAACCUUGUCAUCGCCAUAGGCACCAUCGUCAUGGUGACGGGCUUCCUGGGCUGCCUGGGGGCCAUCAAGGAAAACAAGUGUUUGCUCCUCAGUUUCUUUGUUGUGUUGUUGAUCAUCCUCCUGGCAGAGCUGAUUCUGCUCAUCCUCUUCUUUGUCUACAUGGACAAGGUAAACGAGAACGCCAAGCAGGACCUGAAGGAAGGGCUGCUGCUGUACAACACGGAGAACAAUGUGGGGCUCAAGAAUGCCUGGAACAUUAUCCAGGCCGAGAUGAGGUGUUGUGGGGUCACUGACUAUACAGACUGGUACCCAGUGCUGGGGGAGAACACAGUUCCUGACCGCUGCUGCAUGGAGAACUCCCAGGGAUGUGGGCGCAACACCACCACCCCGUUGUGGAAAACGGGCUGCUAUGAAAAGGUGAAGCUGUGGUUUGAUGACAACAAGCAUGUGCUUGGCACAGUAGGGAUGUGCAUCCUCAUCAUGCAGAUCUUAGGCAUGGCUUUUUCCAUGACUCUGUUCCAGCACAUCCACCGGACGGGUAAAAAGUAUGAUGCCUGAGCUACUGGCAGCACCUGGCCCCACCUGGACACUGCGUGCCAGAGGAGGGCAUCUGAACCUUGUGUCACCUGCCAUGCUCUCCUACUGCCACCCUGCCCCACCUGCCAGCCUGCCAGCCACCUUGGUUUUGGACCUCUUGGGGGAGUCAGGGAGGAGCAUCAUGCAGAGACCUUGGGGCUCAGGCGCCUGGAUUUCUGCACCUGCCUAUUUGCCAAAGACGCCAGGGUGGGCAGAGUAUCAAGGAGGAAGCUCUUGCACUGAAGGGUUUCUGCCUCUGCCCUUCCUCAUACUGACACUUGUCCUUGCGUGGGGUGGAGUCUGCCCCACUGAGGCCACUGCCGUCCGUGGCUGCCCAGCCGAAGAGCCAGCAGGAGUGCAGUCUGGCACCACCAGGCCACUGGAGCACCCUGCCCAGGCUUUUUAUACUUACAGUGUAACUUUUUUAUUUUAUUCUGAUUACGAUUAUUCAGGAAUAUUAUCUCUCAGAUAAGUUUAGGGUUAGCUUUCUGAUUUAUAACUUUUUAUUGUGUUGAUUUCCUUAUCAGUUUGAGUUUCCUUUUCCUAUGGGUGGGGAUAGGUAGGGAGAGAAGACCUCUAUCUGCUUUCAGUCGGGGCAUAGCACUGUGCAACACCUGUGAGGCUGAAGGGUGAGAAGCAGCAGGCUUUCUCCACAACUCAACUCUAGGGAGGAGGGUGCAGCCAGGAUGUGGGGCCCUUCCAGGCCUAGCGAUCAUGGAGAGGGGCUGGAAGAGGCAGGUCGAAUGCAGAGGGUGAUGCCAGCAUGAUGGGCCAUCCUGCUCAGGGGUGAUAGGUUGGUGCCUAAACCAGGAAGGCCAUAGCAGUAGGGGAUGCUUAGGGGUAGGAGAAGUGCUUUGUUAGAGGUGUGGCCAGAGCAGUCUGUACCACUUCCUCCUCCUCCGUCCUCUGUUGGCUUGGUGACUUCCCUACCACCCCAUGGGCAUUCUGCACCCAUGUGGGCUCCAAAGCCCUGGUCACGCUCACACAUUCCUGAUGCAGACAUGUAGACAGAUACCUCUGGUUCAGACCCUGCUCACGUUCACCCUGCUCAGGGCAGGGGAUGCAGCCAUGUUCAGCUGCUCAGAGGGUGGUAGAGGCUGCAUGAAUACCAGCGGGGGAGGAACUAGCACCCAUGACUGUUCCCACCAGACUCACUCAGCUGUUGACUGUCCUGCUGGGAGGAAGAGAAAGGGCCAUGUGGGCCCCAGGACCCUCCGUCCUUCUUAGGAUCCAUUGCUGUCCCUAAUGGUAUCACAUCCCAUAUAAUUCCAAAGAGAUGAGAUACAGAAAACCUGUGAAGUCAGGCUCACCUUGCCACAACAGUAUAGCCAGAAAGCAGCCCACAUUGUGAACACCCAGAGCUGGAUACCAGAAAUGAUAGGCAGCUAUAGCAACAGUUUUCAGCUAUAGCAACAAGUCUGCCAUGCUUGGCUAAUGUUCUGUAGUAAAGUAAAGCCAAGGGUCUGUGGGACCGGCUCAGUAGCUCCCUGGGAUCCAGUGUGCGUCACCCACAGGGCUUCGCGUGGUAGUAGCUUUCUUCAUGCCCUUUGACUCCUGCCAAGUCUCCCAGCUCUUCUCUGACCUCCGUUUUCUGUCCACUACCAGAGCUGGUUGUGCUGCCCAGACAACUUGUAGCCCCUCUGACCACCUUAAGUAACAGACGAGGCAGGACCAGGAGUGUGGAGCUUGCACUGUAUCCAGGAUUCAAGUUUGGGGGGUGAGAGAGGAGGAUAGGAUGGUGUCAGCAAGUGGGGCAGAAAAGCAGCCAGUUCCUUGAGAUGGAAUUAUUGGAGGAAUGACAACCACCCCCACACCCACCCCCUGGACCUCCAAGAUGCAGAAUGUAGGCAGACCCAGAAGACACUCAGCAAACAAAUGUGGGACCUGUUACACGCAUUUCUGUGGAUGGGGUGGGAUGGGUUUGUUGAUACCUAUCAAUGCAAUCUUUAACUUUUGUCAGCAUCAACAGCAAAAACCUGUACAUAGGGAGACACGCAACCUCCCCACCAUCUCAUGCUUCUAGAAUGCUUAAGGGUUGUGCUGGUUCCAAGUCUUUGCUGAAGUUCCCCAUCCUCACUAGCCUCACCUUAUCUGUUAGCAGAGACAGUUCACAGGUCUGGAAGAUCACACCAAGUGAUGCCGGUAGAGGUAGUCAGUGCCUCUCAGCUGUGUGUUCACUGGGUACAAUUGCUGUGUGACUUCCCUUACACUUUGUCUAAGUCAGAGCUAGUUCUGCCGGGUCCCAGACAAGCAACUUACAGACCUGACUCAGAAAGUCCUUUUGGCUUUGCAGGUGACUUCAAGGGAAUUCCUAACAUAGAUGUGGCAUUUCUCCACAGCUGACUAGCAGAGGGCCUCAGUGGGCAGGGCGUGGAAACUGCUCUCAGGAGAUUGACAGGUGUCUGGGUGCAAGUCUCCUUGUACCUCUGCGCCCUCUGAUCUGGAAUGGUGCCACCCUGUCUCCCUGCCAGCCUGGGCCUGCGCCUCAGCUGUCCCCCUUGCGCAUGUUCUGGUUUGACAUGGAAUUGGGUGGCCAAGCCUUCAAACAGCUCAAGUGGAUGGAAUUGAUUGUCCCUUCUUCUCCGGCCCCCUGGCCACUCUCUGGUAGAGGUGCUAACUAGCAGGGACAUGGCACAGGAUGAGAGCUGGGUGCCAGGUGCUUGGGAUCUGUUCUUUGCCCCUCAGCCCCUUCAUCUGGUGACCCCUCUCAUGUUCCUGUUCUCUCAUUUCCCUUCUCUCCUCCAUGGUGGUGGUGGGGGCAGUCCUGGUCUCCCCUUCCUGAGUGAGCACUCUUGAGGAGUGGGGCCUUUGGACCUCCAUCUGCCUUCUGCCUGGAGAGCACGCUUGCUUAUUGGUUUUGAAUGCACUUUCUGCUUGCAAUGCCUUGUCUGCAUUUCCUUCAUCCUGGUCCUACUUUACCCAACACCAUGUUUUUAGCAUGUUUUUAAAUAAAAACUGAUAAUGUGUCAAAAGCACAAA